AUGCAUUCCAUGUUGCUGUUAGAACGGGGCUCUGGGGAUGUGUCCAUUGAUCGGAGUGUGCAGCAGUGGAACUACGCCUGCCAGUCAUUAUGCAUCAUUGGAAUGACAGCCUUCUUCGGUCUUCGUAUUUAUACUCGAUUGUUCAUUCUCAAUGGAUUCGGGAAAGAGGAUUUGACAUGCGCAGUUGCCUGGUUUCUCGGUGUCUGUUACUCAAUCAUUGCCCUCCUUAUGGGUCAAUAUGGAGGAGGUUUACACUGGUGGAACGUCCCCGAUGAGAACAAGAUUCCUUUCCAAAAGACUAUCUACGCAACACUGGUCAUGUAUGGACCAACAGCCUAUCUCACAAAAGUGUGCCUCCUCUGGAUAAUGACUCGUGUAUUCAGUCCCUUCCGAAAAUGCGUCAUGUUUAUUAAGAUAUUCAUGGGAGUCAUGUUGGCUUACUACAUCCCGGCUGUCAUUGUCAAAAUCCGAAUCUGCAACCCCAUCGCCAAAUUCUGGGACCAGAGCAUUCACGGCACAUGUUUAGACCAGACGUCGAUCAUCUUGGCUGAUGCUGUUGUCAGCGUGGUCAGUGAUAUGAUCGUUCUCAUCUUACCAUUGCCCUUGACAUUGACUCUGCAAAUGUCUGCAAAGAAAAAGAUGCGGGUGAUGGGUAUUUUGGGAGCAGGUGGUCUGGCUGUGGCAGCCAGUAUCAUCCGGUUGGCACUUAUUGUCGUUACCGGACAGUCGAAAGAUCUUUCUCAUGCGUUUAUGAGAAUCAACAUGCUAGGUAACGCGGAAGUCUCCAUCGGUAUUAUCUGCACCUGCCUCCCUUCCCUCUCGGCUCUCAUUAUCCGCAUCCACCACGAAUAUUCCAGUAACAAAGCCACCCUGGAGUCCGACUACAAAAUGAGCACGAUGCGGAACCCGGGGACAAUGAACGGAAGCAAGAAUCGGAUGAGUGUGCGGGAGACAGGCUCCGACGAAGAUGUGCUUAUGUACAAUGCACAGGGAAAUCCGAAGAUUGAAACAGUGAUCCACGGUAAUAGUGAGCACGGAGAUCUGCCGAGAUUGACAUUGAGUGGCAUAGGAGUGACCCGAUCUGUUGAUGUGUCAACAUCUGUGGAGCGGUGA